ACCUGCCCUCUCUGCCCCGCAUGCGGUACAAAAGCUCCACGCAUGCGAAGUGAUUCUCCUCUUUUUUUUUUUGGUGAAAGCGAGACACAAGCAGCCCACAAUCCAUCAUGGCAGAUGACGAUUUCACCAGUGGGGACUCUGGAGCCUCUGCAACAUACCCUGUGCAGUGCUCUGCAUUGAGGAAAAAUGGCUUUGUCAUGCUGAAGGGACAUCCUUGUAAGAUAGUUGACAUGACUACCUCGAAGACUGGCAAGCAUGGACAUGCCAAGGUUCACCUUACUGGACUUGACAUCUUUACUCAGAAGAAGUAUGAAGAUAUCUGCCCAUCUACCCAUAACAUGGAUGUUCCUAACGUAACAAGGAAAGAUUACCAGGUAGUCGAUCUUUCAGAAGGUUACUUGACUCUGAUGGAUGAUAGUGGCGAGACCAGAGAGGACCUUAAAGUGCCAGAAGGUGACCUGGGCAAAGAUAUCGAGAAGAGGGUCAAUGGUGGAGAAACCUUUAUGGUCUCUGUUAUGAAAGCUAUAGACGAUGAGCAUGUGGUUGGCAUUAAAAACAUGACUUCUUAAGUCCACACCGACGCUGGAGACCUCUCCCUUCUAUCCUCCAUUAUGGUUUUGAAGCCUCACCAAAGCUACUGGCCUUCACCCCACAUCUCCACCAGUUCUCUGCUGUCAGCCGAAAUCCGGAAACUGGACUUGGGUCAGCUUCAACUGUACCUCAGGCUCAGGCUUGACUGGCAUUCUCUUCAGUCAAUGAAGUUAUCCACCUGUAGCGAUCGCAGCAUAACUUUGCAAUGGGUACUGAUAUAACUCCAGGAGUUCCCAGCAUUAUUUUAGCAAUUCAUAACAUUCCUGUUCGAGUAUGGGUGAUUUACUUCUUUUCCUCUUUGCAUUGCUUUUAAAAUCAUCCUUUAAAAAAACAAAAAAAAUACAGAGUUUUUCAGUUGGCUGUAAACAUGUAAGCGUCGUUUACAGCGGCUGUAGUGUUGUUUAAAGACGCAUUACCUGACAUACAUUUUCCCCUAAAAUGAUUUCAUCUUCACGUUGCACCUCAAUGAAGCUCCGGCUUCACUUGGUACACAGUUCAGAGAACCCAAAGACAUAACUUCAUUAACAGCCGGAAUAUGCCUUUCCGCCUUCGACAGUUAACACAUCUACAUGCACACAGUUGAUAAUUGACUUCUAUACACAUGCCUUAGCAGGUAUGAAUUUUACGUGAACAGCAACAUUUUAUUUAUUCUGCACUUACGCUGCAGAUCUAAUGGCAAGCUUUCUACUGCAUAUAGCCAGGUCUCAAGAUGGGCCUUUUUCUAGCAGGAAACUCUGCUGAUACGAUGCUGAACAGGCCUGGACAGAGGCGGUUGGGUGGGGCCAUUUUCUCUUCUAUGCUACGAAACUUUCCUUUCACUUGAGGCCUUUACGAGCUGACAAAUGUAUAGAAAAUGAUUUUAAAAGAACAAAACACUGAACACCUUUUACUAUUAUGGUCUUCUGAGAAUUUUUUUGUUUAGUUGAAACAAUUUGAACAAUUUAAACUUUGUUCAAAAACACAUUUCUUUGUUAUCAGAAUGCUACAGAUAUUGACUUUUUGGCAUGAAAUUGUGGAAACGAGAAAGUAUUUUAGGACUUUUAUGAUGUAGACAAUUCAAAAUAGUAGUUAUGGGACAAAUGUGUGCGCAAGAACAGAUUACAUAAGUGUUUUCAUUGAGCUGUGUUUGGUUUUUAGGUGGGCAAAUGGUAGAAGGGUAGUUGUAGAAACUAAAUUUUGGGGGUGGUUGGUCUAUUUGCAACUAAAUGGGGAAUUUUAAAGGUUUGUGCACUCAAACAGUGUCACACAUUGAUUAUGAAAUUACUCUAAAUUGUUUUCUACGUUUACAUUCACACAAACUGUUCCUGGGUGACAUCAGGUAAUGGCAGGGAAGCAGAAUGCAUCUACAUGCGCUGCAUUAACGUGGUUGCUGGUGAAUCGGUAGUCCGAUUUCUCCCCUACCUCCUACUAUAAAAUUAAAACUGAAUGGCAUACUCUAAGUGUAUUAGCAAUAUAUUUGAAGCAGUGCAACCUGAGUUGUUUCUUUUUUGUUUUGCUUCCCUAUUUUCCAGUCAGAACAUUUAGCCUAAGUGAAGAAGUCAGUCUUUCAAGAGUGUAUAUGUUAAGAAAUCCACAAAUCUGCUCAGAAAAUGACCUAAUGAGACUUGUUUGAGGGUCGGGUUUAGGUGACCUUUUGGAUUUCAGCUACAAGGGUGCAUGAGUAUUAAAAACAGCAAUACUUUACCUACUAAAUUCUGGUCUUGAACCUUUUGCUCGUGUAUAAAACCCUGUUAGAAUCUCAGUUAUGCGUAUACAUCAAGAAAACUGGUUUCUGUAGCAGAAGUUUCUAUCCCUUACACUGGGUAAGGAAAAUGUUUACGUGAUGUUUCUGACAUCAGGUUACUGCUAAAUGUUGACAAUAAUCAGAUUUCCUAAAUGCAUGUAAACACACAAUAUUGUAAUAUUGACAUUCGAAGGUAUUUUGUCCAGUUUUCAAGUUGUCCUUUGUACAACAGCGGCCGGUCUGCUAUUCCUCUUCGGACUUCGGUCCACUUAAAGUAUAUUUUUCUUUAUUACCUCUGUCAAAACACCAAAGCAGUCCAUUGGGUGUUGUAUUAUGUGUUAAGUUAUACAGGACAUUUGUUUCUCAUCAUUCCAUUCUUGUUCAGUGUGUGAUGUUUUUCCUUUUAAUAAUAUCAUGCUAGGAGCUGUGGCUUGCAAACUGUUUUCACUGUGUUGCUGCUGUGGUACAGUUUCAUAUGACGAGUGAUGUAAAACUGUACAACAGCAGUUCUCUGGCUUUCAAGGAGUGAAGGUGGAAGCCGUAUGACUGUAGUCAGUGUACAACUUGGUACAUUUCACGUUGAGAAUUCAUUCCUUCAAGCAGGAGGAAGAAGCAACUAUACGUGCUAAAAACAGCAGUAUAGUAGAAACCUGCGUUGCCGUCGUAGCAGGCACACUAUUUGGCAGAAUGACGGUCUAUGGUGAACAGGGAUGGAUGCUCAAAAACCUGACGCCCCCCCGCUUGCUUUCAUAGGCACAUAAAUUCUUCGGCCUGCAGCACCAAAACCUGAUUAUUUUUUUGUUUCUUUCAAUUCGUUGGUCUUAAUAACCUCAAAGAAUGUGUGGAAAACAUAACCUUUUGUAUGCAGAAUACAGGAAAUGCACUUUUGGGGGGGAAGUAAAGCUGUGCAGACGUUCAACUAAAUACACAUUGUAGCAUUGUGCUCUGUCCAUUUUGUUGUGGUUGCACACACGCCGCUGUGCCUGUGAAAACCAGAUGUUGUUUGUGGUGUACAGCCUCCUUAAAUACGUGGCGAGAUUUUAAAAAAAAAAUGCUAAUUUUCUAAUCAGUUGUACAGGUUAACAGUAACGACAUGAAGGUUUUAUUCAGCCAUCUCCAUCGCCCGAGCAGAGGAGGAGUCGUCCUGAAGCCAUAUUUGUGCCCCGUUACAUUCUGUCUACAGACUCCUUCGUUUAAUUCCCUCCACUUACUGAGCUACUAUAGCCUCUGAUAUGUAGCACUUAGUAUCACAAUCCCUCUACCUUUUUAGUUGUAUUAAAAAGAUGUCUCGCGUGAUCUCUGAGAACGUUUCAAGAUGGAUGGUUUUUGAUGCCUUCAAGUGCAGAUCCAGGAUCAGUCUGCUCGGGAUAACUGCAAAAAAAUAACAAAAUUUUGACUGGUCGGUGCCAUGAGGGCAGAUUUUUCUCAGGGCUGAGUGUUAGGAGAUGCGUUACUCUAUUGGUGUCACCAGUGAGGAUGAUCAAUGAGAUUAUUAACAUGGUUUUUAUUGUGAUUCAUCUCUCAAGCCUGUACUAUUCUGGUGUUGGAAAACGUUUCCUGCUUCCCCCCCUUCCGCAUCGUCUCUUGGAAAUAUUACCUGCUUUGCUUAUUUUUCCUCUUUCAGCUGGGUUAUGUCUUUUUUCCUUCUUCUUUUCUUCAAAGAACACGGUGGUUUGUAUGUAUGUUUGGACCACAGGUACAGGAAAUGGGUGAACUACACAGUCUCUGCACUGUUGGUUCUCACGGAUGCUGGAAACUGGUUUUAGGGCAUUUUUCCCAGCUUAGCACAGGUCUCUUUCUGCAUUAUUACGUCCAGGGGGAAAUCUGACCUUUUUAGUCUCUUCUGAAACAUUAAAGAUAUAUGGGCUCCUAUUUUCUCUAUUAUAACAAAUGUGUGGCUGCUGUCUUUAGAAAUAACAACUGUCUUUUUGUUCUUGUUGCAUUUGCAAAAAAAAUAAAAAUAAAGUUCAUUCAGAUGUUACCGGCUACAAGAAAUGUAA